AUGGCACCUGCCGAAGACAAACGAGAAAAUGAAGAAAGAGCAAUCAAAAGGGACCAUCAUCCAGUUGCGCUUGAGUUUCCUGGAGCGAACAUUGAUCCUACAGCCGAUGUGGAUGACGACUGGACCAUUUCUUCGGAUGUCAUUCCUUUGUCAAUUUCAAAGUCCCAAUCCAGUAGCGAGCAGAUUAAGCAUCCAUCACUCGAAGUCUUCGAUGAGGAUGAUGACUGGAGGAGCAUGUCUUCAGAUGCCACGACGAUUCCGCCUUGUUUGUCAACUACAAGCUCAAAAUCCAAUCCCAACCAGAAGCUUAAUGUCCCAUCAAUCGACGAAGCAACGAUCUACAAGCUGAGCAGAACGAUGUUGCGGUCUGCUCGAACGCGAGCGAUGGUACUAAAAAAUGUCUAUCCUGAUAUGAGGCGGAGGGGUUUGAAACUUCCAGGGAAAAAGGGGAAACGAUUCUCCUGGACGAGCCGCAACACGAGGAUUGCACUCCUCAAGGCCAAUCGCUCACUGUACAAGAAGCCAAGCGAUUUUCUCCGAGCAUCGUUGAGGGGGUGA